AACCUUAGACCAUGUCCAACGGUGGAUUUCACCCGGUCCAUAAGAGAAAUCCUUAAGCAUAAUUGUAAUUAAAUACUAUUAUUAGCGUUAAAUCGACGAAGGAUUGGUCCGUCGCAGCGGACUUAAGGAUUCAAUCCUUAGACACGUGUCACGUGGUGAGUGGGUGGAAUUUGUCUUUGGUUUGUGUAGGGUCGAAAAAAAAAAACAUUCUCGAGCCAAACCAAAAAAAAAAACUCCUCCUCGACAUAAGGCGAUUUCGAGACGAUUCUGCUCGAUCUCUCUUCCUCGGCUCGUGUAAGAUAAACGAUCAUGGGACGAUACAGUUACAGCCAGCUUUCUUCAUCCUCACACUCUCCAGACUUAACCUCCCUCCUUGAAGCCGAAUGUGAGAUGUACGCGGCUGAAGCUGAGAUUACUCGGUGGAAUGCAGAAGCCAGUGACUGGGAACCAUCAGCAGAGGGUGAUGAUGGCAUCCCAAGGACAUGCUACUGUGGUUCAGAGCCAGUUCACGGAUACUCCCAAACGCCAAAAGAUCCAUACCGACGUUACAUAACGUGCCCCAAUGCCGAUGAUAGAGACUGCCACGUCUGGAAAUGGUGGGACGUGGCGGUGGAGGAGGAGCUGAGAGAGUUUCAGAGGGAGCUUAAUGCGGUUAAGGGUGAAGCGAAUCAACGUGAGCAGAAGUUACUCCGUCUUGAGAAGCAAGUUUCCGAGUUCACAAAGAAGAAAUCAGGAGCUAAGCUAAUGGUCUUCAGCUUAGUGUCAGGGUUGGUGUUGCUUAUUGUGCUAGGUGAGUUACUUCAAUCAAGAUUAAUAAUUAGUUCUCUUUGGAAUAUUAUUAAAUCAUUGUAUCUUUUUUUUUAAUAAUGCAAUUAAUAAAAUUUCAAUUUUAAUUUUUUUUAAAAAAAAUAUUAUUUUAUUCCUAAGGACUCAUUUUUCAGGAUCACCAUUGGACGAGUAUUUUAGAUCCGAAUCCUUAACUAAUGAAAAAAAAAAAAAAAUUAUAUGCUUAAAAUAUUGUUAAGGACUCAAGUGGGAGUAUCACCAUUGGACAUGGUCUUAGGGUUUAGAGUUAAGGGGUGGGGUUUUGGAAUUAGG